AAAAAUACUCAGGCGUGCGAGUAGUGCUCGGCAGGUUAAGUAAGCGUCAGUUCUGAAAUCAAAUAAAUCAUAACGAAAUAAAUCAGGAUUAUUACCAUACCCAUUAUAAUUUAAUGAUAAUUAUAAUCGGUACAGUUGGGUAAAUGUUUUAUUACAUGUAGUGUAAUUUAAAUUCGAAUGCGAGUGGUUUUGUUCUGAAGUGAAAAGUGAAUCUUGUUCUUGGCGCGAAGUCCUUGUGUAUAUUGGAUCGCGUUAUUGCCCACAGAUUGUCGAAAUUCAACAUAUUGAAGGACCAAGAUGGGCUUCGGCCAAGAGAUGGAAGGAUGUGGCCGCUUUAUGAAAUAUAGCAUGAUUUUGACAAAUGUGUUAAUAUUUCUUGGAGGUGCUUUAUGUUUUGGUCUUGGACUCUGGACAGUGCUAGAUCGAGGAUAUUUGAACGAAUUGCUGGGAUCAAAUUUGUUCGCUGGAGCAGUUUAUGUUUUGCUGGCAACUGGUGCCAUUGCCUGCUGCGCGGCCAUUUUUGGGUGCAUAGGAGCUGCAAAGGAAGUGAAAUGCGUACUAUUAACGUAUUUCAUCAUACUUCUGCUGCUCUUCGUGACUCUGCUGGUUGGAGGAGCUCUGGCCUACGUGUACCGUGAGAAAGCCGAAGCAGCUGUGGAGCAGGAAAUGGUGUCGGCCCUUCGUCUCUAUGGCAACCGUCGCGAGUACACCAGGGCAUGGGACGAAACGCAGCAGAACUUACGAUGCUGCGGUGUCACCAGCUGGAGGGACUGGAAAGAUAGGAUACCAGUUAGCUGUUGCAGGGAGGCGUUUGCUGGACAGAAACUUCCUUGUCAAGAUUCUCCUAGUCGCAAUACCUUGUAUGAGGUUGGGUGCGUCAACGUGACUUCUACUUUUGUGAAGGAGCACAGUGCCAUCGUAGGAGGAGCAGCAGUGGCUGUUGCAGCAAUCAUGAUUUUGGGAAUGAUAUUUUCUUGCUCCUUAUUUAUGAUGAUUGAAUAGAAGAAAGAGUAAAAUGAUUUUCACGAGGUGUUCAAAAAAUUCUUCCGUCCCAGUUCAAUGUACGAAAUU